AUGGGUGACGCUGGCUUCUUCAAGGGUACAAGUGCUGAUCAAGACAGUCGUUUCAGUAAUAAAGAAAAGAAGUUACUCAAAUCCAUGAGUUUUCCUCCAGAAUUCGAUCAAAAGGUGGAUAUGAAAAAAGUCAACUUGGAUGUUAUUAAACCUUGGAUAAGUAAUAGAAUUACAGAGCUUCUUGGAUUUGAAGAUGAAGUGGUGAUUGAUUACACUUGCAGUCUGCUUGAAGAAAAGGACCAAGAUCCAAAGCGAAUGCAAAUCAACCUCACUGGAUUUCUGGAAAGCAAAACUCAAGCAUUUUUAAGCGAGCUGUGGAACCUAUUAUUAAGCGCACAAAAUUCUGUAGGUGGAAUCCCAACAGAAUUCAUCGAGCAAAAGAAGCAAGAACUGCGUCGAAAGCAAACACAGGAGGACGAGCGAAGAAAUCAACGCGAUUCAGUCAUGGACACCAUCCGUCAAAAGAAAACGGAAGAGUUUGAUGCAUUGCAAGAAGCCAAAAAAAGAAGUUCUCGCUUUGAUGAUCGAGAUACAGAUCCAGAUCCAGAUCCAGAUCACCUUCACGUAGCAGCAGACAUCAUUAUCAAGAAGAAGAGAAAGAAGGAGAAACAGCAAAAGUAG